ACAAAUUGUUGCCCUACUGUCGGUACAAAUUGUUAUGUCUUGCGAUCAUGGUUAAAGAGAAAGCGCAUGCAGAUUUGCAUUGUAAUUUUUCCACACGCUAAACUUGCCGUUGACCAAUAUAAGUUGAUUUCACUCUUCAGUUUCUCCCAGAUGCAAGCGGUAUCAAAGCAGUGCACAAAGUUCUAACGGUCAAAAAUAACAGAGUUGGUCAAGGCAGUCGAUCCUACGACGAUAUUGAUCCUGGUGAAUAUCGUCGAUUUUUCGGGGGAUUGGGAAGUUCCGUUCAAGGAGCAUGACACAGAAAUCGGAACGUUUUAUUGUCCGAAUAAUGUUGUGCGGACCGUGGAAUUUACGGAAAACAGGUAUGCUUUCGUUCGAUCGUACAACGUUUUGCAUCAUCAGGAUAACGUCGAAGUCGGAGACCCACAUCUGAUUAUCCUCAACGUCAUCGACAAAAAAUUCAGUGUUAUGCUCCUUCUGCCAACGGGAAACACUGGCGGCAUAGCUGGUCUGGAGAAAAUGCUGACCGCUGAAAAACUAUUGACCUGGCGGCAGAAAAGUGUCGAAGGUAAUUUACAUAUCAUUAUACCGAAAUUCACAAUUCGUUGCGGUGUUGACAUGAUCCCGGCCGCUAAAGCGAUGGGUUUGCAUGAAAUGUUCGUGUUUUCCGGGACCAACUUUGAACGCAUGUUUGAGGACGAUGGAGGACCGAAGAAGGUCGACCAGUUCCGGCAGGAAGUGGUCAUUGCGUUGGAUGAGUGUGGUGUGAAGGCUUCUGCGGCCACGUUCUGCGAGAUCGGAUAUAAAAGUUGCUGGCUGUCGCGGCCAGAUUUCAAUGCCAACCGUCCGUUUCUGGUGAUCAUCUGGAACGAAAUUGCCAACGUUCCCGUUUUUAUCGGCCGCAUCAUGGAUCCCAGCUGCAGUGGUGCCUAGCAAAAGCGAACUUGUAAUUGCAGAAAUUCGUAUUUUUGAAGAUGGUUUAUUGAAGUAAAGGCAGGAAGUCAAAUGUUUCGGCCGUUACCCUGGGGGAUACGAUGAUACAAACUUUCCGUGCGCAUUCGGGAAAGGUUCACCCAGAACGAAAGUGGCAUGUGGAAUGUCUUGAUGGAGAAGCUAUUGUCGGAAUACAGGAUUUUGUCAGCGACUUCAAGAUAUUGUCAGCCGUAUGGUGCAAAUUUAUGUUUCCAUUCAAACCGCCCACAACCGGAAUGUACCCUUUUUAUCCAAUAUGCUUCCUGAGAAAUUACACGGUCCAGUUUUUUUGCUUCAAUCCUCAGCACAUGCACCUCUCUGUGAAUUCAUUUAUUACAGGAUUCUGGGACGAUGAUGCCCAGUUUCUGGUGUCCCGAGCGGGGCAGGAUGGUACUCAGCUGUAUAAGUGUUGCAAAGUGCCACCGGGAUAUUACAUCGAUUACCAGAGCUGCUACUAUAUGCCAACGCAUGACCAGUACUGGGAGUACUACGAUGCUCAAAACAACAUCAUCGUAUACUGUGCCACCGGCUAUAUCUUGACGGGCUUAUCGAAAAAGAUCAACCCAUACGAUAAAGAGUUUCAUAUAGAAUGGAUUCAGUGCUGUCGACUUGGUUUUGGUGGAGCUGGUAAAUUUCCUCCGCCAGAUCCAAUGACAAUUCGUGUGCAGCGCUCGGUCGACGCGGCCGAAGAAGACAUCGACCUUUAUCAGGACGCCCUAGCUUCCAUUCAGAUUCCAAAGAACUAUUCCGAAUUUUUCCGGCAACCGAGCAAUAAAUUGUUACCAGAUUUGGACCGAUGUGAUGAUGUCAGCACAACGGCACCUGUUACACUGUAAAAUCUCGGCGCUUUUGUGCGACUAGGUAGCUGUCCCAACACACUCUGUUAUUCGGUAGUGUACGUCUAGUACACCCUUUUCGAAAAAGUGUUAGUUUCCAAUGAGCUAUAAUACCUGAAAUUUUUUUUCUUUGGUAUUUUCAAGCGUUCACAAGCUGGAAUCGGCCAUAAUUAUUGGUUUUGUGAUCGGAAAGUUAAUGCAGAUGCCUGCCUAGACUGUUUGUUUACAACUAUUCUAAAACUGGUUUUUUACUUGUUGAAUGUUUGCCCGUUUCCAUGGCUUACGUAUACUGAAUUCUAUGAUAUUGAUAAACCGGAUUUCGUGGGUUAUUGGUGAUUUUAGACGAGUGAUUUGUGACUCUAUGGUGACUGCGGCCUGCAGAACUGCGGCAAGCCAUGGGGAAAUUUACAGAAAUUAUCAAAAAUUGCUUAGAGCGCACGAAACUCAAACCCCCGAGGCGGACGCCAAUCGAAUUCCGACCCUUUACGACGGACUUCAAUGUCACUUCGCGAAGCCGAUUUGCUGUCUCCCUGUACCAGACUAUCGCCGCGACGGCGAACGCGCCCGAUGCCGGUAUCUUUAUCAAUUUAGAAUCGGGGGAAAUCGUCAUGACAAAGCGGAUUCCGGAUUUCGACGGCAAUCUGCAGUCAACUCUAAUAGAACUUUCUGGCCAUGAGGAAGGUGAUUUUUCGCAGAUACCUAAACGUCAGGAGGCGUAUAAUCCCGUCAACGUUGCAAGUUUCGAUGACAGUCGUUCUUCGGCUACUCAGUACGAGGAGACAUCCGAAUACGCAACAAAUCUAGGAUCGCAAAAAUCUGCCGAAACACUUCCUUCAAAAUGACUUCUUAUCAGACUGAAGUGCGAAAGUCUACUGGAAAAAUAACGAAGCUACUGCCUUGCUUUGAACCCGAAACGCCGGCGAAUAUUAGCGAAUUUUUUGGUCGGUGGGAAUUUCCGUUCGACAAAGCAGAGACAAAAACAGGGACGUUUUACUGUCCGAAAAACGUUGGGAAGAGCAUGAAAUUCAUGCGGAACAAAGUUGCCGUCAUUCGUCAGUUCAAUCGCGGUGGCAAAGAACCCGAGACAGACGAUCCGCAGAUGGUUAUCCUCAAUAUUGUCGAGGGAAAAAUCAGCGUUUUGAUAAUAUUGCCGGGGAAGGGUUCCGUGGGAGGAGACAGCUUGGAACAAGCGCUGACCAUCGAAAAAUUGCUACAGUGGCGACGGAAAAGCACAGCCGACGUUGCGUACAUUGCUGUACCUAGGACCCAGGUUUAGUGUCUCUUGUGAAGGGAAUUUGCCACCGGUUCCGGAAGCGUUGAGUCUGGACAAAUAACACCGUCAGCCACAAAUUCGGCCGAUUUGUUGGAGGAACAAGCGAGACCGCUGUUUGUCAAGGAAAUCCAAUUCCAAUGUGUCUUGGAGCCGAACGAAGAUGGUGUAGCAGCAGCUCCGGCUCCAAAUUGCAACAAACGGUACAUUAAUUUCCAUGAUAUCGAUAAACCGGAUUUCCUGGCGAAUCGUCCGUUCUUGUUAGUGAUCUGGAACGAAAUGACCAAUAUUCCCGUCUGUAUUGCUCGCAUUACGCUUAGGGAUUAUAUUGGCGAAACCGGGAAAUAAGGUGCACCCCUCACCGUUGGCAGCCUCCACCUAGCAUUCAUGCAUGGCCGCAUGGAUCUUGCUCCUUAUACAGCUGAAGAUUAUUUUGGCUGGCUUAUCUGCAAGCCUGUUUUACAAUACACAUG